CUAUUCUUAUCUCCUCAAUUUUUUUAAUUUUGGGUUGUAUUUGGAUAGAUAGCCAAAAUCAGUUUUUUCGUUCACUUCACUCUCUCUGUGAGACUAACCAAAACCAAAAAAAAUGGCCUCUAUUGCACCUCCAUCUUUAACCCUCUCUUAUGCUUCUUCUUCAUCUUUCAAUUACCAGCAAGACCUCACCUUUUACCCCUCUUUUCAAACCCAUAAACCCUUCUUUCUGAAUUCUUCUUUAUACCCAUUAACUCUGAAUCAAAGAGAAAGAAAAUGUCUGAAAUGGGUUGAUGUAAAUUCCCAGAAACAACCAAAGUUUGGUUCUUUACAUGUUGUUGUUGCUGCUGUUGCUGCUGAAGCUGAGGUUGCUGAGACUGAGGAAGAGGAGAGAGAAAGUGGUGGUGGUGGUGUUGUCACUUUGCCUAAGUCUACUAAGCCUAAGACUGGCAAAGCUGCUUUGCCUUUGAAGAGAGACAGAACAAGGUCCAAGAGGUUCUUAGAGAUUCAAAGGCUCAGAGAAAUCAAGCAAGAGUAUGACUUGAAGACUGCGAUAUCAUUGAUGAAGCAAAUGUCGACGACAAAGUUCGUCGAAACUGCAGAGGCCCAUUUUCGUUUGAAUAUUGAUCCUAAAUACAAUGAUCAACAGCUGAGAGCAACUGUGAGUUUGCCGAAGGGAACUGGAACAAUCGUUAAGAUAGCUGUGCUUGCCCAAGGUGAUAAGAUUGACGAAGCCAAAGCUGCAGGAGCAGAUAUAGUUGGUGGGGAAGACUUGAUAGAACAGAUAAAGGGAGGAUUCAUGGACUUUGAUAAAUUGAUUGCAACUUCUGACAUGAUGGCUAAGGUUGCCAGUCUAGGAAGGAUUUUGGGGCCCCGAGGACUCAUGCCAACUCCAAAAGCUGGUACUGUCACACCAAACAUUGCUCAGGCAGUGGAGGAAUUCAAGAAGGGCAAAGUGGAGUUUAGAGUGGAUAAAACUGGAAUAGUUCACAUUCCCUUUGGAAAAUUAAACUUUGAGGAGGACGAUCUUCUUAUCAACUUGCUUGCCACAGUUAAAUCAGUGGAGGCCAACAAACCAACUGGGGCUAAAGGAGUAUACUGGAAAAGUGCUCAUAUAAGCUCAUCGAUGGGACCUUCUAUCAAGUUAAAUAUUAGAGAGAUGCUUGACUACAAGCUUCCAUCGAAUGCUUAAGUCAGUUGCUUGUAAAUUUUGUUCGACGUUUUGCUUUUGCUUCCUGAAAAUUGUUGGGGACAUUCAAUAGCUUUUGGAGCACGUCGUGCACGAGGAGUUUGGGGCUUAAAGACUCUGAAGCAGAUUCCCUCAGUUACAUGGAUGUUCUUCUCUAGCAGGCUGACAGAUUAUUAUUGUAUUUUCGAAGUUGGUACUUGACCUGUGAAAAAGUUGUAUCUUAGUUUUGGACUGAAGAUUUUAAUAUAGUAUGAUUGUGGCUCAUGUAUAGCUUCGUUCAAGAGCUUUGCUGUUGAUCUUGAAAGAUCUGUAUUAUAUUGAAAUAGAAGCCCAUAACAAAAUUCUCAUGAUUUGUCCAAUA